AUGCGCCCAUCCCUUGCGGUGCUGACAGCCGCCCUUCAGGCGACCGUCGGCAUUGCAUCCACCUUGACGCCGCCCGUUCUACCUCUGAUCGUGCGGAAUCCCUAUCUGAGCACCUGGUUUGGAAAUGCCAGAGAUGAACCCUGGACUAAAUGGCCCAUGUUCUACACUGGCGAGGAGGUGGGCCUCUCUCUGAUGGCUCAUGUCCCCAGCACGGGCACCGUGUAUCCAUUGUUGGGCAAGCCUCACGAAUCCCUGCCCAGGUAUACACUCGCACAGCAUCAUCCCCAUCCACGACCAUUCCAACUGAUAUACGCUGCUAGGUCACAAAUCGAUUUCCCGACAUACCUUGGAGCCAACUACGACGCAUCUACCACCAAUCUGACCUACCGCAUUGAUCCCUCCACCUCUGCUUCCCAUCCCCUGGAGAUCACCCUCUCCUUCUUGUCUCCCAUCACUCCUACAUCGACUCUGCGGCAGUCGAUUCCCGCAUCAUAUGUCACAGUCCAUGUCCAUGGUGAGGUAAGCGUGAAUGUCUAUAUGGACAUCAAUGGAGGCUGGGUGAGCGGUGACACCCGGAGUCAUAUCUCUUGGCAGUAUGACGCGUUCGAUGCGAAAGACAAUAAACCGGCUUUGCGGAGAUGGCGAUACCAGAGACAGUCUGAGCUGCUGUUUUCGGAAAUCCGCGAUCGCGCCGAAUGGGGCACUCUUCACUUCACCGCGCCCGCCGAUGUCCACUUUCAGUCUGGCGAGGCGUCGGCCGUAAGGAAAACGUUCUUGACUCAAGGAGUCCUGGACAACGUCAACGAUGAAGUCUUCCGUGCCAUUGGAGACCGAGAGCCGGUCUUUGCGUUCUCCAAGUCAUUCGUUCUCAACCGGAAAUCGGGGCCGACCAGCGCCAGCGUAACAUUUAGCAUUGCCUUGAUCCAUGAUCCUGUUGUCCAAUAUGCCUCUGCACGUGGUUUGACUUUAAUGCGACCUCUGUGGGAGUCAUGGUUCCCUAGCGUCGACGCGCUCCUGAACUUUCACUACCACGAUUUCUCCCAGGCGAGUGCGCUGGCCUCCAACUACUCGGAACAGUUAGCCAAGGAUGCCUAUCAGUCGGGCGCACACGACUAUGUUGACAUUGUCGCACUCUCUGCCCGACAAGUCAUGGGGGCAACUACCUUCUCUGGGACGCCUGAAGAUCCGAUCUUGUUUCUGAAAGAGAUCUCAUCCAACGGAAACUUCCAGACGAUUGAUGUCAUCUUCCCUGCCUUCCCGUUCUUCCUGUACACUAACCCGCGGUGGUUGGCCUACCUUCUGGAGCCAUUGAUCGAGCACAUGUUGAGUGGACAAUAUCCAAACACGUACGCCAUGCAUGACUUGGGAACUCACUUCCCGAAUGCCACUGGACAUCCCGAUGGAAACGACGAGUACAUGCCAGUGGAGGAAUGCGGUAAUAUCCUCAUCAUGGGCUUGGCCAUUGUGAACUCGCUGCGUUAUUCAGAAGAUUCUGCUGCGUCGUCCAUCUGGUCAACACAAGGCGAGAGCCCUGUACUUUCGGACGAUCAUCCUGGGUACUUUCCUCUUGCAAAUCUCCAGGCACAUGGAGGUAUUGAUAAGCAGGAUGGACGCUGGGGUGGUGGUAUACAAGGCCAACGUGAGGCGGAGCGAUGGCUCCAGCGCAGCUAUCGUCUCUGGAAACAGUGGACUGGCUACCUGGUGGAGUUCUCGCUGGAGCCCGAGAAUCAGCUUUCGACGGACGAUUUCGCCGGCUGGCUUGCGCUUCAAACGAACUUGGCACUCAAAGGUAUUGUUGGCAUCAAUGCCAUGAGCAAGCUAGCUGAGGUGGUUGGCAAUGAUGAAGACGCCUCUUACUACAAGGAUAUCGCAGAUAGGUACAUUGCCAAGUGGGAGGAGCUGGGCAUGUCUCGAGACCAGACACACGCGAAGCUCGCUUACGACUGGUACGGAUCGUGGACCACCAUCUACAAUCUGUACGCCGAUGCACUGCUGUGCUUCCAUCUGGAGGGCACCGAUAUCUCUCCACACGCCACGUCUGGCUCCAAACAAAGACCUCUCCAUCCACACCCUCCUCACCCGCACAAGACGGGCUUCGUACCCCGGCACAUCUACCAGAGGCAGUCGAUUUGGUACCACAAUGUGCGUCAGAAGUAUGGCCUCCCUCUAGACAGCCGGCACUUGUAUACCAAGACCGACUGGGAGUUCUUCUCCAUGGCUGUUGCCAGCGAGAAUGUUCGCAGCGAGGUUCUCGAAUCCGUCGCCAAAUGGGUCAAUGAGACGGUCACCGACCUUCCGUUCACCGAUCUCCACAACACGGAAGGCAAGGGCGAAUUUCCUGGGCCGAACUUUUACGCUCGGCCGGUAAUCGGCGGCCACUUCGCGUUCCUGGCCCUUCAGCGCGCCUGUGGGGGCCGGGCGAUGGAUGGUCUAGCCUAUCUAGACGAGGGGAACCACGUAUUCUCGACCAGCACGCUGGCGGACUGGAAAAAGGCCGCAGCUAAGGCUGCCGAACAGUUUCAGGCCUCGUCUGAGCCGGAAGAGUCUGCUGACAACGAGUUUGGCUAUGGAUCUGAGAGUCUGGAACUCUGA